AUGGCAAGGGUAGGGGAUGCAUUUUCAGACGACCCUUCGGUCGAGAAGUACUAUGGGCAACGCCAUCGAUUGUGGUCGCGAUUUGACGACGGCGUGUGGAUGACACAAAAAGGAUGGUGCGAGGUCACACCCGAGGCUAUUGCUUGCUUUUCCUCCGAGCUUCAUAAAGUUCUUGAAAAGAAAUCUUGUGUUCUUGAUCUUUUCUGUGGUUGUGGAGGAGAUACGGUUCAACUAGCGCGGGUUUAUGAAAAAGUGGUUGCUGUUGAUAUAGAUCCGGAUGCAAUAGAAGCGGCUAAAAAGAAUGUGGAGGUUUAUGGCGUUGGGGAUCGCGUUUCCUUCUACUGUUGUGACUUCCGCACCUUGAAAUUAGAUAAUAUGGAGUUUGAUGCGUUACACUGCUCUCCUCCAUGGGGAGGACCGUUAUAUGCCGCUGCACCCUCUUUUGACAUGGAAAACUCUUUACGUGCUACUAUAGGCAUGGAUUUUUUGGAGCUUUUGGGGUUUAUUACAAAAUUUUCAAGAAAUAUUACUAUAUUUUUACCACGAAAUGUGCUUUUGUAUUCUACCAUCCCUUCUGGGUUUACAGGAAAUUUUGCCAUUUACAGGCAUUACGUCAAUGACAGGUGCAAGGCUGUAACACUUUUAUUGGGGGAUUUAGUAAAUUGUUCUUCAUUAAAACCACCUGCUGCACCUGUGUAUUCUUUAAAAGAGAAAAUUUUUUCUCGUAUUGAGAAGAGAAAUCGUGCUUCGUAA